UUUCUCGGUGGUGAAGUCAGUCACUGUUCAGUGGAAGUUUGGUCAUGUCUGGACUGCUGGGUGUUCGACUGCUGCUGCUGUGGGGCAGUGCCUGCCUUUGGCUGCCCAGCCAGGCCCGAGGGGCUCUGGUCAUCUCCAGUCCUCAUGAAACUCUUCAGGGGACAAGAGGAGCUGUCCGAUCACUGCAGAAAAGAAGUACAAAUAAGGCUAUGGUGGAGGUGCACAGUGUGAAAGUGGAUUGCACUGUGACGUCUCGUUUCGCUCACACCGUCAUGACUUCCAAGGCUCUGAACAAAGCAAACUCUUCUCAAGAAAUCUUCUUUGAAGUGGAGCUGCCCAAGACCGCCUUCAUCAGCAACUUUAGCAUGGAAAUUGAAGGUCAGCUGUAUGUUGGUGAGGUGAAGGAGAAAGAGAAAGCAAAGAAACAGUAUGAGAAGGCUGUUUCCUCUGGACAGACUGCUGGACUGGUCAAGGCUUCUGGGAGAAAAAUGGAGAAGUUUUCAGUGUCUGUGAAUAUUGCAGCCAAAAGCAACGUGACUUUUAUUCUGACUUACGAGGAGCUCCUUCAGAGGAAACUGGGCCAAUAUGAGAUUCUAACACGAGUUAAACCCAAACAACCGGUGCAAGAGUUUCAGAUUGUAACAAACAUCUAUGAGCCCCAGGGCAUUUCUUAUGUCGACACCCAUGCAACCUUCCUCUCCAAUGAUCUGCUCCCUCUGGUGGAGAAAACCGUCACAGACAAAAAGGCACACAUCUCUUUCUCACCAACUAUUGAGCAGCAGAGAAAGUGUCCAGGUUGUGAUGAAACAGUCAUUGACGGCGAUUUUAUCAUCAAGUAUGAUGUGAACCGAGCAAAGAGCCUUGGGGACAUUCAGAUCGUGAAUGGAUACUUUGUUCACUUUUUUGCUCCACCUAACCUGCCCAGAGUCCCAAAGAAUGUGGCAUUUGUAAUUGACAGGAGUGGAUCAAUGAGUGGAACAAAGAUGCACCAGACACGACAGGCAUUGACGACCAUUCUCCAAGACCUCCAUGAGGAUGACCACUUUGCCCUCAUCCUGUUUGACAGCUCUGUCAUUUCCUGGCAGGAAUCUCUAAUCAAAGCAACCAAGGAAAAUGUAGCUGAAGCCACGGUCUACGUCCAAAAGAUUACAGAUAGAGGAGCAACUGACAUCAAUAGUGCGGUGUUGAGAGCCGUGGACAUGCUGGUCAAUGACAGGCAGGAGAAGAAGCUCCCAGAGAGGAGCAUCGAUAUGGUUAUUUUACUGACUGAUGGAAUGCCAAAUGUCGGAGUGUCUAGCCUUCCACAGAUCCAGGAAAAUGUUCGUUCUGCUAUUGGGGGGAACAUGUCUCUAUUCUGUCUUGGAUUCGGGAAUGAUGUGGAUUAUUCCUUCCUGGAUGUGAUGAGCAAACAAAACAAAGGAGUGGCACGCAGAAUUUUUGAGGGUUCAGAUGCAACACUUCAACUUGAGGGUUUCUAUGAGGAGGUGUCCAGCCCUCUGCUUACAGAGGUAGACCUGCGUUAUCCUGACAACACAGUAGAAUUACUGACCACCAACCACUUCAAUCAAUUGUUUAACGGCUCAGAGAUUGUUGUGGCCGGUCGGCUGAUAGACAACAACCUGGACAACUUCAUGGUGGAGGCCUUCGGCCAGGGGUUUGAGGAGGACUUCAUAGUGCAGGGCCAGGCCAGUGCUGUGGACUGGGAUGUCAUAUACCCAGAUGAGGAAUACAUCUUUGGAGAUUUUACAGAGCGUCUGUGGGCCUACCUCACCAUCCAGCAGCUACUAGAGAACAGUAAGAUUGGUGUUGCAGAUGAGAAAGACGCCACAGCCAAGGCUCUAGACAUGUCUCUGCAUUAUAGCUUUGUCACUCCCCUCACCUCCAUGCUGGUCACCAGGCCUGAAACUGAGGACGGUACAGACAGCCCUCUCAUUGCUGACAAGCUGACUGAGGAGCAAAGACAACAAGCAGAAAGAAUGGCACAUCAAUAUGACCUUCAAGUAUACACACGAUCUUACCUGGCAGCACCCGCAUAUUUUGUGGACGGGGACCCUCAUUUCAUGAUUGAGCUCCCAGACAGAGAGGACGCCUUGUGCUUCAACAUCAAUGACAAACCAGGAACCAUUUUCAACCUGGUCAGAGAUCCAAACUCAGGUAUUUUGGUCAAUGGCCAGAUCAUUGGAGAUAAGAAGAUUCCCCCUGAUGGGAAAAUUAACACUUACUUUUGGCGUUUUGGCAUCGUCCACCAGACUCUGGGUGUGAGGCUUGAGGUGGACACUCAGGUCAUUUCUGUCUUCCAAGAUGGCAAACGAUUCAAGCUGCUGUGGUCUGACUCUGCUUCUCUCAAAGGACCCAAUGUGGAUCUUCUGUUGACCAAGGAUCGCAGCUUAACGGUGACUCUAAAAGAUUCAGUCAAGUUUGUCAUCCUGCUUCACAAAGUGUGGAAGAAGCACCCGUACCACCGGGACUACUUGGGUUUCUACACCUUGGACAGCCACCUCCUGUCCCCUUCUGUUCACGGCCUGCUAGGUCAGUUCUACCAUGGGAUUGAAUAUGAAGUGACUGACCUGCGUCCAGGUGAGGUCCCAGAGAAACCAGAUGCCACCAUGUUUGUGAAAGGACGGGAGCUCAAUGUGACCAGAGGCUGGCAGAGAGACUUCAGGAAUGAUGUGAAGAAUGGUGAAAAUGUUCCCUGCUGGUUUAUUCACAGUAAUGGAACAGGCCUCCUCGAUGGAAAUGAGGCAGACUAUAUUGUGUCAGGACUUUUUAAAACUGUUUAAAAACCAAGUAUCCAUCAUGGAAAUCAUCUAAAUCACAGUCAGGAAAUAAAUAUUUAAGUCUGCCUGUACUUACACCAUGAAUACAUCAUGUAGCUGAUCAGUGUAAUUGCUGGAAACAGCUACUAAGAAUGGGAAUUAGCACAAUACCAAAACUGUGAGAAGUCCUGGGAGAGAGAAAUUCAGCAAUCACUUGUAUGGAAAAAAAUGGAACACAGUUCUUAAAGAUGGACUCAA